AUGCGGCACUUGAAACCAGAGGAAUAUUAUUUGCGACAAUUGAAGGCAAAGGGCAAAAGCGUUGCGCUGGUGAAUGAAGCGCCACUCGGCAGCACGAAUACUAUGCACCAUGCGGUUGGACCGUUUAUGAUGAUCUCACAAUUGUUAGCCACAUUGCCUGUGACUGGCGUUUGGCUCAAAACCAAUGUAGAACACGUCCACUUCAGCUGGUGUACACUGAUGUCAAUACUUUCCCUCACUCUGAUUACAUUCUCGGUCAUCGAUGUGGUACUCUCAACAAUGGUCGUGAUCGAAUUGGGCUUGAAGCUGUACACUGUGGGUCCUUUCAGUUUCAGCAUCAUAUCUGCUCUGAGUGUGAGCUCAUUUUUACAUUUGGCACGCAAAUGGCCCAAUAUGAUAAAGCAUAUGCAUCGUUGCGAGCAGGUAUUUCUGCAGAACUCCUAUGCCAAUGCAGAAUCACGAAACUUUACUCAUAAUGUGCGUAGGUUUGGCGCAAUUUUGCUCUUUGGCGCUGCAGUGGAGCAUUCGGUGUACAUCGGUUCGGCUAUUUAUAAUAACGACCUUCAAAUUAAGACAUGUAAUUUGUCAGUGAAUUUUUGGAAAAACUACUUUAUGCGUGAACGCUUGCAUAUAUUUUCGAUAUUCAAUUACCAUGCCUGGUUGAUACCUUUAGUGGAGUGGAUUACAAUUUCGUCCACAUUUGCCUGGAACUAUGUGGACAUAUUUUUGAGCAUGAUUUUUCGCUGUUUUGCCAUACGUUUUCGUCAAAUGCAUUGGCGUAUAAAGCGACAUGUAAAACAGCAUAUGGGGGAAGAAUUCUGGCGGGAUGUGCGUUACGAUUUUAUGGCUCUAGUCGAUGUGCUGCAUCUCUACGAUGAUGGAUUGUCAACACUGAUACUUGUGUCAUGCUGCAAUAAUCUAUACUUUAUAUGUGUGCAAAUAUUUCACAGUUUCAACACACGAGAAAACUUUAUGAAAGAAAUUUACUUUUGGUUCUCAUUACUAUUCGUAUUGGUGCGCAUUUCAACAAUGAUGUUGUCGGCUGGCGCCGUACAUAACGAAGCUAAUCAAAUAAUGUCGACCAUGUAUGAGAUACCAACGAAAUUCUGGAACCUUGAACUGAAACGUUUAAAUGAAAUCAUCAUACACGAUUUGAUUGCCUUUAGUGGUAAAAGUUUUUUCUUUUUGACGCGUCGCCUCAUAUUUGCGAUGGCUGGCACUAUUGUCGUGUAUGAAUUGGUGCUAAUCGAUCAGGUGGAGGAUAAGGAUGUGGUUACAGAUUAUUGUACAUCGCGCAAUGUCUAA